GCAGGCCUCGCGUGUCGCCCCUCGCCUGGGGUCUCUUCCUCCCUCCCUUACCGCCAGGGUCUUUGGCGGCGGCGCUCCCGUCCUGCCCUCGGGAUCGCGGGCUCUUCCUCGCAGUCGUUAAACCGGGAGGGCAGCGGGCGGGUUGAGGUUUAUAAGAUACCGGUCGCAAACCUGCCCGUAACGCUCCCCUUUGCUUUCCUGCUGGUGGCCCACCCCUGCUCUGACUCUCAGAGGGAUCGCCCGAGUUAAAGCUGGCGUGUCGGUAGCCAUCGAUGUAAUGAGCAAUAUGGUCUCGUAUUGUUAGAAAUGCUGGCGCUGUUUCAACAAGUUCUUCCUCUUUCCUCACAGCAGGUAUCGCUGCCUGCCAGGCUCUUGUUCAUCCUUGUUCUGCUGCCUGUUCUAGACCUUGUAUAACGUCUUCCAAAGAUGGCAUCAAAUAUUUGGGUGGUUUCCAAUCCAAAUGGCCAAGAGCACUAACUUCAUAAUGUUAGGCAGGAAGGCGAGGCUCUCCUGUUGCUCUUGCGCUUCUUCUCAUACUGAAACCUCUCUGAACUCCGUUUUCUUCCCAAAUGGGAAGGCUUAGUGAUAGCUAGCCUUGGAGUUUGGUGCAGCUCUGAUUAUGGGAAGGAGCUUUUUGGUGAUGGGUGCCAUUCAGAACAUCUGUAAACUGCACUCGUUCGUAGGUCGUUCAUUAUUUUUCAUUUCAUUUAGUCUGCUUUCCUAAGGAAACAAGGCCUUUGAGAUUAGGUGAUGUAUGUGUUUAUGUUUGCUAGUAACUCUUGAAUCCAUGGGCUGAUCAAAACCAAAUGCAACAGACUGACAAAGUUCUCAGAGACAGUUGAGAGAGUUUGGGGAAAACAAAUGACUGGGUAUAAGAAAGAGAUUCUUUAAAUACUCUUGAGUGUCGAGAGGGAAAACAGUCAUUUUCCAUGGGAAGGGAAAAUUGUCCAUUAGACAACAGAGAAUUCACCUAAGAGGACUUUUAAAUGCCCACCUAUAGGAGAAUUUGUGGUUGAAGUCUUAGAUGCUGAAGCUGAUCUACCCUAAAAUGCAAGACUAGGUAAUUGAGUUUCACUUGGUCUGAUGCCUCACUUACUGAUUCAUUGAAUGCUUGCCUCUUCAGCUGCCUCAGCUAUUGUUUAGGGUAAGCUGGAAGAGCUCAGUCAGAAAACAGUGAGACAAAGGAAAAAGAAAAACAUCUCUAACUCUUUCAAUUGCAAGUUUCCAUCUUAAAAAUCUGUCCCUUUGUGUAUGUGCACAGAUUUGUCGUCUAGAACGUUCUGUGCCUCGAGGGCUGAUGAACGCCAAGGGAGAUCUUGACUAAUUCCUGUUUCCUUUGUUCAGGGAUAUCAUGUCCAUUUAUAAGGAACCACCCCCGGGAAUGUUUGUUGUGCCUGAUCCCCAUGACAUGACCAAGAUUCAUGCAUUGAUCACAGGCCCAUUUGACACGCCUUAUGAAGGGGGUUUCUUCUUGUUCCUGUUUCGCUGUCCUCCAGAUUAUCCCAUCCACCCACCAAGGGUCAAACUGAUGACAACGGGAAAUAACACAGUGAGGUUUAACCCCAACUUCUACCGCAAUGGGAAAGUCUGCCUGAGUAUUCUAGGCACUUGGACCGGGCCUGCAUGGAGCCCAGCACAGAGUAUCUCUUCAGUCCUUAUCUCCAUCCAGUCUUUGAUGACUGAGAACCCCUAUCAUAAUGAACCUGGCUUUGAGCAGGAGAGGCACCCUGGGGACAGCAAAAACUAUAAUGAGUGCAUUCGGCAUGAGACCAUCCGAGUAGCAGUGUGCGAUAUGCUGGAAGGAAAGUGUCCCUGUCCUGAGCCUUUACGGGGAGUAAUGGAGAAAUCCUUCAUGGAAUACUACGACUUCUAUGAAGGGGUGUGCAAAGAAAGACUUUAUCUCCAAGGACAGACGAUGCAGGAUCCUUUUGGUGAGAAACGAGGCCACUUUGACUAUCAGUCCCUAUUAAUCCGUUUGCAAGGAAUUCGGCAGAAGGUGCAGGAGAAACACCAGCAGGAGAAUACAGAAAUAGACUCUGAGAGCAGCUCCUCUGAGACAGAGACAGACACUCAAGGUUGUUCCAAAGCUUAGAGCUGCAUAAGGAGUGGAGAGGCCAAGCCGUGGGGAUGUUCUGUCUUCACACUCUAGAGUACCCCUGACAGACUCGACAACCAAACCAGUGCCAGAGCGGAGAAAACUGCGGGACGUCUUCUGUCUCCUUUUACUGCUCUGGUGGAUAAUACUGAACGAGAAGACUUCAUGCUAGACAAAGCCAAGCUUGUGACAGGCUACUAUUAAAAGGUACUUACUAUGCUAGAAAGCUGGAGCAUGUGGCAUCAGGUUAUUUUUUGGAAACACCUACACUGGGUUUUUUUUUUUUUCCUUCCAUUUGAUUAAAGAAUGAGAUCUAGACCAUGACUCCUCUUUACAGCUUUUCUGUUCCUAGACAGUGAGCCCAUCCCUGGGGCCACGCUGAACAUGGAGCUGUAGCUGUGGGAGUGCUCUGAUGAGUCCAGGGUAUGACAGGGCCCAUGCACUGUGUGCCCGGGUGAAGCCUGUUUGUGUGGGUUGGGAGGGAUGGAGCCUCUCUGCUCCGUGGGAGCCCAGCUACCUGGUGUCUUUCUUCUAGACACUGUUCUAGACAGACCAAAGAUAAAGAGCAGUGGUGGAAUCUGGGCUCCCUUCUGAAAGCUUUAUUCAAGCCCUGGGUGACUUCGUCCACUGGGACUUCAGGCACAAAGGGGAGAAUGAAAAGUGGAAACUGCAAGAAUUCAUAAAUCGAGUGCAGGUGUGUUCACCCUGGCAUUUUGAGGGAGGGAGGGUGAGAAAAUCAUUGGUUCAGAGAUGGGGGAAGCACUUAAAAAUAAGUCUAGUUUGUGUAUUUUUUUAAGGUGUUGAUUUGAAAUUAGUGUUCUAGAAAUGUUUAUUUGGUUGCUCUGAAUGGAGCUGUUUUGUUUCCUCAUCUGAAGUACUCUUUGCUUUCCACCCCUCUAGUCAGUGUAAUAUUUCAUUUUUCUCCUCUCUUCCUCCUGCCCCCUCACUCCCAACUGUUACUUUGAUCCCUCAGAUUUGAAAUGCUAGUAUAAGGAGCAUUUCUAGCUAAGGAAGCCACCGUUUCUGGGUGGAGUUCUUCAGAGGUGCAUGCCUCGUUAUUGACUGAAAAUUCCUUUGCCAAACUUGGCCGAGCGCAAGCUAGCUGAGUGUCGUAAAGCACUUCAGCGCUUUGAAUGUUUGUUUUAAACAGCAGCUUUUUACUGUGAGCGAAGGCAAACCUCUUGGAGAGGUGUCUGCAGGCUGCGAGUGCCAUUACAUCAGAGAUGUAUUCCGUGUAACUUAGGUGGAGGUGAAAUACCCAGUUUCUCCAGGCAAGUGAGCCUGGUGAUGAUUGAUUGGAGCAGUAAAAUGUUUUGUUGAUGAAGAGCUUAAUCUACUUUUGUUUUUUACAGGAGCUUUGAUAGAAAGCUAAGCACAGAGUUGCACAUUGUCUCAGGCCCUCUCCCACCUCCCUUAAACACCUUCUACCAGCUCAGCCCUGUUUCAGACUCCUAGGGUGGUGAGGGAACUCCCAACCCAGUCCUCUGUUAAGAAAGUGCAUAGAGAGGGGCCAAAAGACCCCUGCAGUGUGAUGUACAGAAAAGCAAUGUCCCAUGUGUCACUGAAUUAUCUGGAGUCUCUGUGAUUUGAGCAUCAACUAUUGCAGAAGCCUGCACACUGCUGUCUAAGCAGCUCUGAAAAACCAAAAGGUGGAAACAUUUCUGAAUUAGAAAGGCGCCAUCUAACAACUCGGGAAUCUUUUUCCCUUUAGCAAGCAAACUCCCCUGGGUCUGUCAUUGGUAUGAUUUAGACUUAAACCCUGUCUUCCCUUGAGGGAAAGCUAAACUUACAUAGGACUCACUCAACACAUAAACCAGAUGAGAGUAAAUAAAGCUGUGUUCACCUUGAAAUAAGGUCUCAGGGAGGCAGCAGGGUCUCCUGAGAAGUCAUGAGCUGUGUGCUACUUUAACGCCUCUUUAAUCCCAUUGUAAAUGUCACGUUGUUUUUCACCAUUCAGUAGCAUUGUGGGUAGAGCUGUGACUCUGCUGCCUUCCCAAGGCAGAGCUGGUUCUGAAAUCUGUUUGUGAUGCAUGUGGCGUUACCAUCCACUGAUACAAUGAAACAAGAAAAUGCCUUAUUGUGGACACUAUUCACAUAACUAGCAUGUGGCUGUAAAAGAGAAGUAUUAGUUUUAUAGUUCUAAUGUUGUCUGUCCUACCAUUUCUGAAUGUUUCCAUUUCAAAGUGACAAUCCUCAAAUGACUGCUCUAGGCAGAGAUGUUUUAGCAACAGAUUUUUAGACCUAAUUGAGUUGAAAAUAUAUGCACAAGAGUCACUCUAAGAUACCUUGUUUAUAUACUAUUGUACAUAAGAUUUUUUUGUGCAAUAAAGUUUGUUUUGGCAGAA